UUCAAUAAUAUAAUAGUAGUUUACGUCUUGUCCAUAAAUGAUACCAAUAUACAGUUUUGUCAAUCUUGGUAUCAACGUUCAAAGUUUUAGUCAUCUAAUAAGUAUUAACUAUUAAGUAAUAACUAAUAACUAAAAGUUAAAUUGUUUUAUUAUGUAUAAUAUGAGUCUGUGAGUCACGAAUCGUCUUAAGACGACACGGACAAUAGUGACUUGUGACGCGUCUUUGUAGACAUUCGACUAUUUGGUCUAUUCCAUUCUUAGAUCAUAUACAAUAUAAUCUAAGAUUCCAGUAUUUGUGACUUUAAUGCUCCCUAUGAAUUAUGUUAUCACGACUUAUAUACUGAUACGUAAAAUAAUAAUAAUAAAGUAUUCAUUUGUGUUUUAAUUAUAAUAACUUUUGAAGGAGGUGCGAGCUGUUUCAUUUUAAAUAUUACAAUUUUUCUCUUGGGAAUAUUUUAAUUGUCCGUGGUGGCUUUUUUAACGGACAGUCGAGUACGGGCUAAGCUCUUAUACCUGUGGAUUGUAUUUAAUUCUAUGAUGGAGCUAUCCGCUAUUAUGAAGGAUAAAUUGAAUGCUGGUGACAAUGUUGUAGCGCUCCAUGAAGGUGUACUGUUGCAAGGCUGGUCACCCAAGGCUCACCGAUUAUUAGCCUUGGUCGAACGUAAUCUAUCAUUUGGUUUGUUUAUAUUUACGACAUCCAGAAAUCCACCACAAGCAUUUACAGACCUCACAAUCAACUUUGUUGUGCCCAUUGAUAAUGAUUUCAAAUGUGAUAUAGAUUCAUUGUCAGCAGAAUCUAACUCUGAUAUAUAUAUUAAUUUAUCAGCACGGAAUUUUAAAUUAUUAAUGGGAAUGGAUUCAGGUCAUGAAACCAAUCAUUUUUUCAAUGAAUUAUCUAGAUCAAUGGACCUAUAUUUAAAAAAUCAACAGACACUGGAUUUUCAAUGGUUAAAAAAAUAUAAUAUAAACGAUAUUGACUUAGAAUUAGGUUUGAUGAUGAAUAUCAAUGGUGAUAAUACAUCUAAUAGUAUAAUAACAGCUAAUAUGGCUGUACCUGAAAAUGAUGUAUCAUUUCCAACUGGAACACAUACACUAAGUUCUCGAGAAAGUGUUAUACAACGACAAAUGAUUUUGAGUGAAGAACAAUAUACUAAUGCACAACAUUUCCGUAUUUAUAUUGGUACUUGGAAUGUUAAUGGCCAACCAACCAUGUCUUCCCUGAAUGAUUGGCUGACUUGUGAUUCUGAACCUCCUGAUAUUUAUGCCAUUGGUUUUCAAGAACUUGACCUAAGUAAAGAAGCAUUUCUUUUUAAUGAUUCUCCACGAGAAGAAGAAUGGUUACAAGCCGUAACAAAAAGUCUUAAUUCCAAGGGAAAUUAUAAAAAAGUAUCAUUAGUUCGAUUGGUGGGAAUGAUGCUUAUAGUGUUUGUUAAAAAUAAACACAUGGACCAUGUUAAAAAUGUUGCUACUGAUACUGUUGGUACUGGAAUUAUGGGCAAAUUGGGAAAUAAAGGUGGAGUUGCCGUUCGCAUGGAUUUCCAUAACACUUCUUUAUGUUUUGUAAAUACACAUUUAGCAGCCCAUGUUGAAGAAUAUGAAAGACGAAAUCAAGAUUAUCAAAAUAUAUGUUCAAGAAUGGUAUUUUCGAAUUUUACACCUCCAAAAACUGUUAAGGAUCAUAAUCAAGUUUAUUGGUUUGGUGACCUCAAUUAUAGGAUAACCGAAAUGGAUCCAUUAUCCGUAAAAGAUUUAGUACGCAAAAAUAAUUUUAAAAAUGUAUUAGAAGCAGAUCAACUAAAACAACAACAUCGGGCUGGAAAUGUCUUUAAAGGUUAUAAGGAGGGUUUAAUUAAUUUCCUUCCUACCUAUAAAUAUGAUCCAGGCACCAAUGACUGGGACAGCAGUGAGAAGAAUCGUGCCCCUGCAUGGUGUGACCGAAUAUUGUGGCGAGGAAAUUCAAUUAAACAACUUGCUUACAGAAGUCAUCCAAAUUUGUUGAUCAGUGAUCACAAACCAGUCAGCGCGUUAUUUGAAUCUGAAGUAAGAGUUGUUGAUAUGACCAAGUACAGAAAAAUUCAUGAACAUAUAAUGAAAAAAUUAGACAAAGCAGAAAAUGAAUAUUUACCUCAAGUUAUGGUUGAUAACACUGAAAUAAUUUUCCACAAGGUGAAGUUUAUGGAACCUCAACUAAAAGAACUUACAGUUGCUAAUACUGGUCAAGUUCCUGUACAGUUUGAAUUUAUAAAAAAAUUGGAUGAUUCUACGUAUUGUAAAGAAUGGCUACGAAUUGAGCCUUUCAUGAGUUUUAUUGACCCUGGUGAAAAAUGUGAUAUUACUUUAGAAGUUUUAAUUGAUAAAAGAUCAGCAUAUAAAAUGAUCAGUGGCCAAGACAAGUUGUAUGAUAUUUUAGUAUUACAUUUAGAUGGUGGUAAAGACAUCUUUAUAACUGUCACAGGUAACUACGAGCGAAGUUGUUUUGGUUGUUCAUUAGAAACACUUUGUUAUUUGAAAGUUCCUAUUAAAAAUAUACCAUUUGGAAAACUUAUGGAACUGGAAAACAAUAAAAGCAAUAUGACUUCAGAUCCUUACCCAGUACCAAAAGAAGUAUGGUACCUUGUGGAUCAUUUAUACAGGCAUGGUCUUAAACAAGAACAUUUAUUUGAACAAUCUGGUCUCAGAUCUGAAUUUGUCCAGAUUCGAAAUUGGUUAGAUAAUGGAACACCAGAUGCUUUACCCGGUAGUGUACAUUCUGUAGCUGAAGCUCUAUUAAUACUGUUAGACAGUACAUCAGAACCCAUAAUACCAUAUAAUUUGCAUGCGACUUGUUUAUCUGCAGUGUCUUAUUACAGUCAAUGUAAACAAAUUAUUUCUCAACUACCAGAGAGAAGUAAAAAUGUAUUUUUAUACCUUUGUGCGUUUCUUCAAGAAUUAUUGAAUCAUGUCAAUGAUAACAAAUUAGAUGUUAAAACUAUCGCAUCUGUUUUUGGUGAAAUAUUUAUCCGAGAUCCUCCUCGAUCCCGUUCAGAUAAAUCUGGCCAUACUAGAACUUCAAUGUCAAGGAAGAAGACCAAUUUUGUAUACCAUUUUCUAGUCAACGAUCAAAGUGAUUUAAUAAUCAAUACAUCUUUUUAGAUGUUAUAUAAUAUGAUCAUGUCCUGUAGUUAUUAAUGGAAUAUUUUAACUUACACAUUUUAAUCAUCACAAAUUGCUUUUAAUUUAAACAAUUUUGUAAUAAAUUGACCCUUUUAAAUUAAAUAAAGCUUAAAAUGAAUAUGAUCUUAAAAACAAGUGCUUGAUUCAAAAAAUAUGUAUAGUGUAAAUUAUUUAUUAUUUAUUUAAAUUAUUUAUUCAACUAAUAUCUUAAAACUUAUAAGGUUGAAAUGUAUGUUUAUUAUUGUCAUUCAUAAAUGAUGUAGCCUGUUUAUUUAUUUAGACAAAAUCAUAUUCUUCAAUACACUUAAACCUUAUUAUCAUUAUUAUUAUUUUCAAUCAAUUAAUAUUUUAAAAUGGUAACAGUAAUAAAUUAAUUUUAGUUACUAGAUCUUUUGGUUUAAAUAAUAUAAUUUUAACAAUAUAACUUGUCUAACAUUCAGAGCUGAAAAAAUUGUAGGUUGAGACCUGGGUUUCUCUUUGGGAAGAUGGGGCACCAUUUAAACAAUGAUUUUAAUUACAUAGCUUUCAUGUAGCAAUAUUGUCUAUUGAAAAUAAUUUAGCUCACAAAAUUUAUUGUACUGGCCCUAAAAACAUUCCCAUUUUUAAAUACUCUUAUAUAAUCACUUUUAUUAUGUGCAAUAUUAAGCAGGUUUAUAUUUACUAUAUAUUAAUAGAUUAUAUUUAAAUGUGUUCUCAUUAUAUUUAUUUAUUUAUUAUAUUCAUAUUGUUUAAUAUUAUAUGUGUGAAGUAGCAGGGUUACUCUACACAUUUGUGGUACAAACUAUUCCGCUAAUCUAAACUUUGAAUGCUUGUAAAUUAAAAAUAAAUAUUCGUACAAUAUUUUAAUCACAAGAAAUUGAGUGAUAAAAAAGACCAUAGAACUUGUUCUCCAUUGUUUUUAUAUA